ACACAGACACCCGGACAGAUAGGGAGAAAGAGAGAGAAAUACCAUAGUUGCACCGCAGAGAGAGAGAGAGAGAGAGAGAGAGAGAGAGAGAGAGGAGCAUAGAGUAGAUCGCCAAGAUUCAACAUGUAAGCCCAAAUGGGCUUUGUUUGUGACGAAACGUGUCUGCCAUCUCCGCCCAAAUGCGCUUUCUCUCCUCCUUUUAUUCUCUCUUCCAUCUCUCCUCCCUUUCCCGGCGCACUUCUUCUCAAUCUCUGUCCCUUCCCCGGUCCCUUCCUUCUUUCCUCUCCGCCUCCUUCAUGGCCCCCGCUGUAGAACAUAACCAGAAUGAUGAUAAGAGAUCAACUGUCACCGUUGUGGGAAGUGGCAAUUGGGGCAGUGUUGCUGCUAAGCUCAUUGCCUCUAAUACUCUCAACCUCCCUUCUUUUAAUGAUGAAGUGAGGAUGUGGGUUUUUGAGGAGACAUUGCCAAGUGGUGAGAAGCUCACAGAUGUCAUCAACCGAACUAAU